AUUAUCCUGAUUGUUCAGUUAAUGGUCUUUCCUUUCUAUGAUUGUUUGUUUACAAAUUUAUAGUUGUCAUUUUUCAUUUGUUAAUACAUACUUUUCUUAUUUUUAAAUUGUGAUAUGGAAGGUUUUCUUUGUCCCAACUGUAUCUCUCGAUUUGACACCGCCCGUGAAUUAUUGGCUCACUUUGAAGAGCAACAUAAAGGUGAAACACCGCAAAAAGCUGUUUCCAGUUUACGGGGUAUUCUGGAUAAAGCAAAGAAAAUUUUAAAUACAGAUGAUGAGGGAUCAUCUAAAUCAACUAAUGCAGCUGAUAAUGAAUUUUAUGAUAAUGAUCCAAACGAAUAUUGGAGAUCUGUACAAGCCUGUGGUCCUACAAGGAGUUAUUGGGAACAAUUCAAAGUGAGAAGAAACCAUAAAAUCGAGAACUGUGUUAUUGAAACCAAUAAAUUGUUGAUUCGAUUGGAUAAACUAUUGAGAGAAACACCUAUUGAUCCAGACUUGAAAAAAUUGCACGAAAAAAGUGUCGUUGAAUGGGUUGAAGAUGUUUAUGUUAAUCUGUGUCCUCAAUGUGCAAAAACAUUCAAUUUCAGUCGUCGUCGUCAUCACUGUCGACUUUGUGGUGGUAUUAUGUGCCACAAUUGCUCUCAUUUUUUGGACUCGAACUAUGCAAAACAGCUAGUGAGCCCGAUUGAUUUGGAAACCAGUCAACUAAUGUCAGUAUCCUCUCCAGAUUCUCCAUCUCAACCUGGUGCACUUCAACGACGAGGGAGUAUCAUCAGUUUACCUUCAAUUCCUAGUUCUUCUAAUGAACCUCAAAUAAGGGUUUGCAUAGACUGUAAAGUCCUUCUAGACCGAAGGAACCAACAAAUGUAUGAGCAACAUUCGCGACCAAUUAUUUGUCAGAUGUACGAGAUGCAUAGAGAAAAUGUGGAUGAAGCUCAUAGACUUAUUGAACAGUAUCUUCAAAUCAUCGACUCUUUGAGGAAUGCAGAAUGUAAUUAUAAAGUCGAAGCCACUCAUGGACAAGAAGUCAGAAUCAAAUUGGUGAGACUUGGUGAGAAAAUCGAUGCUAUGAGUCGUCGUAUAAAUGCACUUGGUGUCCAAGGGGAUAUACCAUUGAACCCAUCUCAGCGACAAUUACAAAGUCGCAUUCGCGCUGCUGCUGUUAAUUUUAUUCAGCAAAAAUUAUCUGGACUUCCACCAAUACCAACACAAGCAGAAUAUGAAAAAUUACGAGAAGAAAAGUUGAAAGCUGAAGAAGCAGCGUUGAAUACUCCGAAUGAUCCUAAACUAAAUAGAUCUAGUAAAGUGUACAGUGGAUCAACAUCUAAAUCAAAUCAAAAUCCAGUUUUAGCAAAGGAUGGUUGGACACCAGAAGUAAAAAUAAAGGAUGUUAACCUUGAAGAUAUGGACCCUAUGUUAAUUCAAAUUAAUCAAAUCAAGGAAUUUAUCGAUUUAGCGAGAAAAGCCAACAAAUACGAUGAAGCUAGUAUGUUAGAAGCCAAUCUUCGUGAACUUGAAAUUGAAUAUAUGAUGCAAAGUAUUCCAGUCAACGGCGAUGUUGGUCGUUAACAAAAAUCAUUCAAUAAACUUGUCAUUAAGUUAAGUCCAAGCGAUAAGGAAUAGGAUUCCUCAUUAUUAUCACAUCAUCAUCACCUUUAUCAUAGUCAUCGUCAUCAUAUUCAUUUACAACAUUGUGCUCAUCAACAGCUUCACAAUACUCACUUGGCUGAAACUUUUCUCGUCCUGUUUGUCUCAUAUUGGGAUGCCUUUUUCAGACAGGCAUAUCUGUGAUCAUUGAUCCAUUCAUUGAAAAUCAUUCCAAUUUAUUUUCUUCUUUUUUCUAUUACCUCAAAUGUCUCUAAAACGAUAUUUAUAAAUAAAAGCUGAAUCAAAGAUGUAAAAGAGAAAGAUAGAGAUGAUAGAAUUAAAUAUUAUACAGUAAUGAGAGUCGAUAGAAACGAGACAAUCUUUUUUGUAUCAAUGAAUAUCUAUGGAUGUAUUUUUCAUGUAAUCUCAUUUCUUUUGUUUUUUCUAAUAUAUUCCCGUUCUUGUUUUGUAGACCAAACUAUCAAAUUCACAAUUAAACAAAUAGUUGUAAAUUAA